GAAAAUGACACUUCAUGAAAGAAUACAAGUCAUGUGUCUUUAGAAAGAAAAAAAAGACUACCAAACAAGUCUAGCAAAAUCUGCCCUUGUUUGGUACAAUGGGUACCACAAAUGAUGAAAUGGCUUCAGUGGAGCACAACCCUUCCUUGAACCCUCUGUGCUUUGAAUGCGGCCAACAGCACUGGACAAGAGAGAACCACUUGUACAACUAUCAGAAUGAAGUGGAUGAUGACCUGGUCUGCCAUAUCUGCCUUCAGCCCUUGUUGCAGCCACUGGAUACCCCUUGUGGACACACAUUCUGUCACAAGUGCCUAAGGAACUUUUUACAGGAGAAAGAUUUCUGUCCAUUGGAUCGGAAAAGGCUCCAUUUUAAGCUCUGCAAGAAAUCCAGUAUCCUUGUUCAUAAACUGUUAGACAAAUUAUUUGUUUUAUGCCCCUUUUCUUCAGUAUGUCAGGAAGUAAUGCAACGAUGUGAUCUGGCAGCACAUCUUAAAAACAGGUGUCCUGGAGCUUCGCAUCGAAGGGUUGCACUGGAGAGAAGGAAGAUGAGCAAACCACAGUCAGAAGCUGAGAGUGAAAAUGGGCAUUGUGUAACAGAUUGCCUGGGCACCGUCUCCCCUGAUGCAGACCAGACUGGGACAGGACCAGUGCCAGUGGAACAGAACUUUACAUCCACUGCUCUUCCUCUGUGGACAGAUGAACCUGGCCUUGACAACCCUGCUUAUGAAGAGAGUGCCAUGACUGACAGCUUCCCACCUAUGGAGCAUUGUCCUGUUCGAACGAAAAGGCAACUGAGUAACUCCUGCAUUCAUCUGCAUCAAACUAACAGUAACCCCUCUAGCAUCUGGGAUUUUAGAGAGGAAAUGCUCAGCCAUACCACAGAGGAAGCAACCCAGCCGCUACCUAGCUUGCCUGAAGGAGAGAUCACUACAAUUGAAAUUCACCGGUCCAAUCCUUAUAUUGAGCUGGGCAUUAGCAUAGUGGGUGGCAAUGAAACGCCAUUGAUCAACAUUGUUAUUCAGGAGGUGUACCGAGAUGGGAUCAUUGCCCGAGAUGGAAGGCUCCUUGCUGGAGACCAGAUACUUCAAGUUAACAACUUUGACAUCAGCAAUGUGUCACACAACCGUGCUCGUGCUGUCCUUUCCCAGCCUUGUGUGGUGCUGCACCUCACCGUGCUCAGAGAGAGGCGCUUUGGAAGCCGUAAUCACAACCACACUGACAGCAGCACCUCCCAGAGAGAGGACAGCUUCCAGGUGACACUGCAUAAGCGUGACUGUAGUGAACAGCUUGGCAUUAAACUAGUACGGAGAACAGAUGAGCCUGGAGUUUUUAUUCUCGACCUUUUGGAAGGGGGAUUGGCUGCUCAAGAUGGCCGACUCUGCAGCAAUGACCGAGUCCUUGCAAUCAAUGGACAUGAUCUGAAGCAUGGGACACCUGAACUUGCUGCCCAGAUUAUCCAGGCUAGUGGAGAGAGGGUGAAUUUAACAAUCUGCAGACCAGUGAAAUCACAGACCGUCAGUAUUCUUCGAGAAGCAGGGACUUAUGCCAGCAGCCAGCACCAGUCCCAACAGCUGUUUCAUAGCAGACCCAGUUCACAUAAGGACCUUUCACAGUGUGUUACAUGCCAAGAAAAGCACAUUACCGUGAAAAAAGAACCACAUGAAUCCCUUGGGAUGACAGUGGCAGGAGGCAGAGGCAGCAAAAGUGGUGAAUUGCCAAUCUUUGUCACUAGCGUGCAACCCCAGGGCUGUCUUGCAAGAGAUGGCCGGAUCAAACGAGGUGAUGUGCUGCUGAAUAUUAACGGCAUUGAUCUGACCAAUCUCAGUCACAGUGAGGCAGUAGCCAUGCUGAAAGCCAGUGCUGCCUCUUCAGUUGUCUCACUCAAAACGUUAGAGGUCCAGAUUGUUGAAGAACAAUCCCAGGCUAAUGAAGAACAGCCAAGCACAAUCAGUGAAAACGAAUAUGAUGCUAGUUGGUCACCAUCCUGGGUCAUGUGGCUGGGCCUUCCCAGCUGCCUGCAUAGCUGCCAUGACGUAGUGCUGAGGAGAAGCAAUCUAGGGAGCUGGGGCUUUAGUAUCGUCGGUGGAUAUGAGGAGAGCCACACAAACCAGCCUUUCUUCAUUAAAACCAUUGUUCUUGGAACUCCUGCAUACUUUGAUGGAAGAUUAAAAUGUGGGGACAUGAUUGUUGCUGUAAAUGGACUAUCAACAGUGGGUAUGAGCCAUUCUGCACUAGUUCCCAUGCUGAAGGAGCAGAGGAACAAAGUCACUUUGACAGUUAUUUGCUGGCCUGGAAGCCUCAUAUAGAUUUGCAAAAUUGUUUUGGUUCAUACAGCUUAUUUUUCUAGAUGGCUAGUAAAAACUCUUGUUUGUUUGUUUGUUUUGUUUUUUCCUACUGACAUAGCUGGUAGUAAGCAGGGCCAAAACUGCUACAUUUAUUUUUUACAAGAUUCAACCUCACUGUUUGUAUCUUUCUUUCAUCCUGAAACCGACCUUUCUACCAAGUUUGUGUUAAUUGUUAAAGAUCCCUCCCCCCCACACACAUUUUUGUUAUUAAGCCUUCCCAGAUGGGUAGUAUUCUGGCAGGGUCAGCAAGAGAACUCCUGUAUUUUUAGUUUCUCUUUCUAUUUUUCCAGAUUGAAAUGUUAAGUAAGCUUUGUACACACUCUUCACAGAGGGAAGGUUUAUGUCAGUAAUGCACUCGCAGAUCUCUCUGCUGCUGUGAAUCAAAAUCUGUUUCAAGAGGAACACCUUUACCAAUUUUGUAAACCUUUUCAUUUAUUCCAUGAUUUCCAAACCAUUCAAGGACCUUUGUUACUCCUAAGAAAAUGUUUGGUCCUACAGUUUUUCUUGCAGGGCAUUAGUGCUUAGAAAAGUAGGACAAAAGCCUGAUAUUGCUGGAAUUUUUAUAAAGUGCAAUAAUUGGACUCUUUGUUAGAAAAUGAUUUAAUAUAUUUCAAAGUUUGUAUCCUAUAAUGAAAAGGAAUAUGGAAAUAAUUAAAGUCACAAUGCUGGCAAGAGCAAAUAUUUAGGGGUCUCCUUUGACGGAACAGCUUGAAGACUUACAUUUACUUUCCAAAUGAAUGUUUUGCUAUGUUAGAAAAUUUUGAUGAACACUUUUACUAGAACCAUUUUUACAGUUUAUAUUGUGGUUGUCAGUAACUCUCCUUAUUCCUGCGUGGAAACAUUACAGUGACUCAAACCUGUAAAUUAGAGAAGCAUAUAAAAAUAAGAUAGCUGUGUUUAUGAAAGUGUAUGUUACUAAUGGGAGGCCAAAGGAGAGGCUUUUUCUAUUUGUUUGCCACUGUAAAAUUUUAUCCAUUUUCUGUCACCUGCUGAUAAAUGCCCAAAUGCCUUCAUAUAAGAUGCUGAAGCAAUCUGUCUUGUAUUUGAGAAAUCAUUUUGGUAAGCACCUGCUAUUGAAUUAUCAGUAACAAUAAUAUUUUAUAUUCGUGAUUAUGUUUAGUAUUUUUAAACCAAAACUAUAACUUGACAGGUUUCAGUUUGUUCAUGAUUUAUGCAGGCUGAGCAUUCUUUUGUGAAAGCUUACAAACCUUUGUGCUGACCUGGAGCAAAACCUCUAUGUUGUUAAUGUUCUGCAUACUUGAAAAAAAAGUUUCAUGUAGAAACUCAGUUCAGGUUCUGACCUGAUUUUACAAAUGACCUCUGUAUUGUCAUGAUAUUAAUUAUCAAGAAUGUAUUUCACAAUCGCUAAAUAUUUCAAUUGUGAAGCAUGAACUUCAUUUUCAAACUUAGCAAUUACAGUAUUGGGGCAUAUCAUCGCAUGUCACUGAUUCUAGUAGCUUUGUUUAAAAAAUAAAGUUACUCUCUUUUGCAAAAAAAAUGUAAAAAGCUAUUAUGGAGGAAGUAGUUUCAUUCUUUGUGGUAGUAUAUGAUGUUUGUUUGCUUUCAUACUAUCUGGAUACAGAAGAAUGUCUCAUACAGUAUAUUAUUGUAUAGAGAAAAUUUGUUUUUUGAAGCAGACAAGGAACUGGCUGACAUGAGUACAAAUUUCCUUCUCUCCAAAAAUUUUGUUGAACUACAUACUUUGUUUAUAAUGCAAACUUUUGUAAAGUACAUCUUAGUAUAGGCUUUAGGAAUCAUAUUGACAGAUGUGCUGAAUUUCAAGUAUUUCAUUUGACAAGUGACAUAACAUUCAAAAACCUGGGCAAAAAUAGCAUUUUUACCUUGUUUCCUUUUCUUUGUCAUGAAAGCAUGAGUUAGCUUAAAAUGUGUUGUUUGUUUUGUUCCAAUAAGCUGUCGCUUUUAAUCAGAAUGUCUGGUGAUGGAAGCUUAUUCUGAAUGGAUUCCUUUCCUUGAAAUACUGGGGUUAUUUUUCUCUCUCUUAUGGUCUUGUAGUUGCAUUGUUUGAUUUGUUCUUUUGUGCCUUCUGUUUAAAUUAUUUCAAGAUUUUUCAGCUGUUGCUACCUAAUUGUGUGGUAUUAAUGAAGGGUGACUGAAAAUAAAAGUCCUCUCUACCCAUUGUAAUAACUCA